AUGGUUGCUGAAGCUUGGAUUGUAAAGAUAGGUAACCAGGUAAGUGCCAAUCUCAAGCAAGCCCUUCUUCUUGAACCUUCUGCAAAGAGAAAACAGAAUCCCAAAAUGCAAGAUAGCAAAGUAAUUAUAGGGAUUCUUUCUUUUGAGGUAGCAAAUGUAAUGUCCAAAACCGUUCACCUUCACAAGUCCUUGUCAGAGUCUGAGAUCGCAAAGCUCAGGAAUGAGAUCUUGAACUCAGAGGGUGUUAAAAAAUUGGUUUCAUCUGAAGAGGCUUAUCUUCUCGAGCUGGCUUUGGCAGAGAAGCUUGAGGAGUUGAAUCGUGUUGCUAGUGUGGUUUCUAGGUUGGGGAAGAAGUGCUCUGUGCCUGCCUUGCAGGGUUUUGAGCAUGUGUAUGGGGACAUGGUUAGUGGGGUUAUAGAUGUGAAGGAAUUGGGGUUCUUAGUUAAGCAUAUGGAAGGAAUGGUGAAGAAAAUGGAUAGGUAUGUUAGUGCCACCAGGAAUUUGUACAGUGAAAUGGAGGUCUUGAAUGAAUUGGAGCAAGCAGUGAAGAAGUUUCAGCAUAAUCAGCAUGAAGAGAGUAGGAGGGCGUUUGAGCAGAAACUCACAUGGCAAAAGCAAGAUGUGAGGCAUCUGAAGGAGAUUUCGCUUUGGAAUCAGACCUUUGAUAAGGUUGUUGAGUUGUUGGCCAGGACAGUUUGUACCAUUUACGCCAGGAUCUCUGUGAUCUUUGGUGAUUCUACAGUGAGGAAGAAUAGCCUUGGGCUUGGUGGAGGUUCAUCACCCAUGCAACACGACUGUGGGUUGGUGUCUGGCCAGAUUAAUGUUCAGAUGAGUUCGGAGAAGCCUCGUAUUGAUAUGAGGAGAGGUGAGUUAGCAUAUCUUCAACUUGAAGAUUUUGUUUUUCCAUGUGGAACAAGUCCGGGGAGACUUUUCAUGGAGUGUCUAAGUUUAAGCAGUUCAGUUUCAAAAUUUGAUGAUGAUGAUGAUUAUGUUAUUGAUCAUGAGGACCAAUACAGUCACUUAUCAAGCUAUCUAAAACAAGUCAAAUCCAGUGUUCAAAGUUGCUCAACCUUGGGUCCUAAGAGUAGAUUAGCUGUUUAUGCUCCUCCUUCUACCCUUGGAGGCUGUGCUCUAGCAUUGCACUAUGCCAAUGUCAUAAUUGUCAUAGAGAAACUGCUUAACUAUCCACAUUUAGUUGGUGAGGAAGCUAGGGAUCAUCUAUAUCAGAUGCUACCAACAAGCUUAAGGUUAUCUCUUAAGGCCAAACUUAUGACCUAUGUCAAGAACUUGGCCAUUUAUGAUGCCCCUCUUGCCCACGACUGGAAGGUGACUCUUGAUGGGAUACUUAGGUGGCUUGCUCCACUUGCCCAUAAUAUGAUCAGAUGGCAAAGCGAGAGGAAUUUUGAGCAACAUCAAAUUGUUAGCAGGACAUAUGUGCUACUACUUCAGACAUUAUACUUUGCUGAUAAGGAAAAGACAGAGGACGCUAUAUGUGAGCUUCUUAUAGGAUUGAAUUACAUAUGUCGUUAUGAACAACAACAAAAUGCGUUACUGGGUUGUGUAAGCAGUUUUGAUUUUGAAGAUUGCAUGGAAUGGCAAUUGCAGUGUGGCGCUUCUUUUAUUAAUUGAAUACUUUCUAGAUAUUGAAAUCCUCAAUAUGGUGAGCAUUUCCUUGAUUUGUAAUUCCAUUCAAAGGCAUCAUUUUGACACAACAUGGAAUUCUGAACUCUGUACAUUG